CCAUCACUUCCGCAUUCACCAAGGCCAACGAGCUACCCCAUGAGCUCUAGGCCGAAGGUCAUGACUACAAUACUAUCCAAUGACCUCCGAUGACAACUAUAGCGUCUUCCGAGAAUGUCUCUCGAGCGCGAUUGUCGCCCGAUCCGAGAAACCGAAGACCGGCAAACGGCGACCAAAGGCCAAGCGCAAUGGUCGCAAAGAAGCGACCUUCGAGGUCGACUCUGGGCUACCUGAGCGAGUUGAUCCAGAGGAACUAGCUGAAUUUGUUGAUUUCAUCGCUACAGAAACCUUCACCUCCUUCCCAGAGUCCCUCCAAACACUCUCAUACGCAGCAAUCCAGCACGACGAGCACUUAGCAUCGCUCUAUGUCCCCGCAGACGCAGACAUACCCCUCGAUCGCACCACCCUCGACACCCUCUGCUCCCCCAUCCCAGUAACAGUGCCCGACACCCUCUCCGUCUACGGUCUAAUCCCAGACGCGAACGAACUCCCCGAAUUCCUGUCCCCAGUUCUCAGCGAGUAUACUACAAGUGUGACCAGCGCGCCGCCGGUUUGGAGCACCACGCGCACAGAGGCAUGCGAGAUUUGCGAGCGCGAUUGGAUCCCGCUGUCGUAUCAUCAUCUUAUUCCUCGGGGUGUGCAUGCGAAGGUGCUGAAGAGGGGGUGGCAUGAUGAGUGGACGCUGAAUAGUGUUGCGUGGUUGUGUCGGGCUUGCCAUAGCUUUGUGCAUCGGAUGGCGACUAAUGAGGAGUUGGCGAGGGAGUAUUUUACGGUCGAUUUGAUUAUGGAGAGGGGGGAUGUACAGGAUUGGGCGAAGUGGGUUGGUAGAGUAAGGUGGAAGGCGAAGUAGGGACUCCGGGAGAGCAUCUAAAUAUGUGGGUGUUGGUGCAUCACAUCGUGUAAGGAAAUUUGCUAUACGAAGUUCAUGAU